AUGUUACAUGUGUUUUUAGAUGAUCCUAAUACGUCACUUGCUAAUCCAUGGAUCUGGUCUAUCGAACAAGUAAUUGGAUGGCUACAACAAAACAAUUUUCAAGCGUAUAUCGACAAAUUUCGAGAUGAAAAAAUUGAUGGUGCGACAUUACUUAGCGAUGGACUAGACGAUUCGAUAUUAAAAGAAUUAAUGCCCCCGGUAAAACAACGUGUUUUAUUUAAAGAGGCAUUAAUUAAAUUAAAGUAUGUUUAAAAGAAAAUCUCAAAUAUGUAUGUAAAGACCUGUUACUUUUAGUUGCUUAAUGAUGUACUUAAACACGCUUGUUUAAUGAAUCUAACGCGUACAUCUCUUUAAUUUCAUAUACUUAUACAAAGUUAUUCACAAGUGCAGUAUCUGGUACUUCUCUCAUUGCUGUGAUCUGCUUAUAAUUUAUAAAUGAAAGAUAACAAUUCUCAAUCAGUAGUGUUUGCCCCCGUAACAACGGAAGCUUGUGUGUAGGUUCCUUUACAAAAAACAGGACCGAAAACCUAAUAUGUCAUAGUACCAUGUACCAAUGGAAAAAAUACUUACUUAUUCCCUCCUGGAUUCUUCUUUUUUGUAAAAAAAAAACAGUUAACCCUUUGGGGACGGGUGACGUUUUAAAACGUCAUUAAAACGUCAAAAAUCGGAAUAAGUCGUGUUUUCCAAA